AUGCGGAUCCAGUGGGCCUUUGUUAUUAUUCCCCUAAGUCUCAGUCGUGCUAUACCCGUCACGACACCAACUGUCUGCUCAACUACGCCAUGUCCUAAGGCUGGGGCAGCCUAUACUGAUCCUUCUCUGGUUGGACCCCUGAGCAUUACAGGUUCCGUGCGCUGGGCCUACGAUUGGGACAUGUUCACUCGCGGUCCUCUACCGCCCAGUGUCGAGUUCGUUCCAAUGCUCCACGGACCAAAAAUGUUCAGUGGCUGGUCAAAAGCAAUCAAUUUAGCUCUUGCCAACGGCGCCAAGUACAUCCUCGGCUUCAAUGAGCCGGACGACUCUUCCCAGGCUAAUCUAUCCCCUUCGACCGCCGCAUCCUACUAUAAAGUGUACAUCUCGCCGCUUUUUAACAAGGCCACCCUUGUUUCUCCCGCCGUGACAAACGGCGAGGGUACCAACCAGGGUCUGAACUGGAUGAACUCUUUCUUGAGCUGUUGCACAGACUGCAACAUCGGGGUUGUGGCGGUUCAUUGGUACGGGGAGACAGCAAAAGAAUUCAAGGACUUUGUCUUGCGGGCUAUCCAGCUUGCCAAGCAACACAAUAUACAACAUAUCUGGGUAACUGAAUUCGCGCUAAACAGUGAUAUGAACGGCGGCGAUUCAUCCGGCUCAGCCGCCUUUCUGAGUGAGGUCAUUCCUUGGCUCAAUGCUCAGAAUGCCGUGAGUCGUUACGCCUACUUUAUGUGCGCUGAUGGCUUCCUCUUAAACGGCCGAAGCCUCAACGCUGCGGGUCAGGCUUACACAACUCCCUAUGUGGAGGGAAAACGGGACGUCAUUUGGAACCGCACGGUCUAA